GCUCGCCGGCGAGUCAGUUCGGCCUUCCGCGCGUGGCUGCUCGCCUCCUUGCCUUCCGCCCCGUGGGUCGGUCUACAUUGGUUUACUUGCGUGGUUUAUUUUUGUUCUGGAGACCUAGUUCUGGAGGAAUACAUUUGCCCGCUCCCACCUGAAUAAUGUCGAGGCCCGCCCCUUCUUUUGGCAGCCCGGCCGCGGCCACCAUGGCGCUGCCCGCAGGCCCAGCCGCCCUCCCGCACACACUGCUGCUCCUGCCAGCCCUCCUGAGCUCAGGUUGGGGGGAGUUGGCGCCGCAAAUCGAUGGCCAGGCCUGGGCUGAGCGGGCACUUCGGGAGAAUGAACGCCACCCCUUCACCUGCCGAGUGGCGGGGGUGUCUGGCACCCCCCGAUUGGCCUGGUACCUGGAUGGACAGCUGCAGGAGGCCAGCACCUCACGGCUGCUGCGUGUGGGCGGGGAGGCCUUCUCGGGGGGCACCAGCACCCUCACUGUCACUGCGCAGCGGUCCCAGCAUGAGCUCAACUGCUCCCUGCAGGACCCGGGCAGUGGCCCGGCCGCCAACGCCUCGGUCAUCCUCAAUGUGCAAUUUAAACCGGAGAUUGCCCAGGUCGGGGCCAAGUACCAGGAAGCUCAGGGCCAGGGCCUCCUGGUUGUUCUUUUUGCCCUGGUCCGUGCCAACCCGCCUGCCAAUGUGACCUGGAUCGACCAGGAUGGGCCGGUGACUGUCAACACCUCAGACUUCCUGGUGCUGGAUGCCCGGAAUUACCCCUGGCUCACCAACCACACAGUGCAGCUGCAGCUUCGCAACCUGGCACACAACCUCUCUGUGGUCGCUGCCAACGAUGUGGGGGUCACCAGUGCCUCGCUCCCAGCCCAAGGACUCCUGGCCACUCGGGUGGAAGUGCCACUGCUGGGCAUCAUUGUAGCCGGAGGGCUAUCGCUGGGCACCCUGGUGGCAUUCAGCACCUUAGUGGCCUGCCUGGUCUGCAGGAAAGAGAAGAAGACCAAAGGCCCCUCCCGGCGCCCAUCUCUGCUCUCUAGUGACUCCAACAACCUGAAGCUCAACAACGUGCGCCUGCCCCGGGAGAACAUGUCCCUCCCGUCCAACCUUCAGCUCAACGACCUCACUCCAGACUCCAGAGGGAAACCAGCAGACCGACAGACGGCUUGGAAUAACAGCCGGCCAGAGCCAGAGCUCCUGGAUUCAGAGCCCGGCGGCCUCCUCACCAGCCGAGGCAGUCAUGUUGCAGGCUUUACCCCCUCCUGCUACAAAAUCAGCUAUCACUUGUCCAUCUUCCAAAAUUGUGUUGCUACAACUUCUGAAGGUCAAGAUGGCAGCAUAGGUAAAUGUGUUACCUCCCACAACCAUGUCAAAGUUACAACCAUGAUUCAGAACCCCUGAAAUCUAGCCAAAUGGAAGUCCUACAACUAGGAAAUUAAAGGUGAAGAGGCCACAUUGAGACUGGUAGGAGGGAUGGAGACAAGGAACAGGCUGCUCCCACAGCCUUGUGUGGCAGAUAAAAAUUGGGAUGGAUAUCUCGGCUGGGGAGUUCCCCCUAAGGAGAAAGGGAUACCAGCCCCACACCAGGCUCCUCAUAACUUCUGGCUGUAAAAAAACAGAGGAGACUGACGCUGAAGGAGAUGGAGGCUGCUAAAGUCCCAGGCAUUUCUCUUAAAGGGCCACACAUGAUCUUUACUCAGACUCACUCCCUCUAGCUACAGCACAGGGGCAGCAGCUUGAAAGGCACCAGAGCCAUACAAGGAGGAACUGAAUUGUCCUGUAUCAGGGUGAGAGCUGGGGGGCCAGGUUUCUUCCAGACACAAGUGCUGGCAGAGGCCAUUGUUCCUUUGCUGAGCCCUCUCCCAAAGAGCUGGAGGUGGGUGUCAUAUCUGAGACCCCAUCAACCUGGCUCACACUGUUAGCCCUGUCCUGGUGAUUUCCUGAGACCCCACCACACCCAACUUUCAGGCCCAUCCAAGCUGUUUCCAGUGGCUUUUCCAUACAAAUGGCCUGUCUUGGCUCACGCUUUAGAUUUUUCUAAAAUCUCUCAAACAAGCAGCAUUUGGCCUGACCAUGCCCCAUCCCUUUCACUAAGUGGCCCAGGCUCGACACUAGCAGCAGCUGGCCUUGGUUCACAGCUUGGCCUCUUCUGGGCACCUCCAAGCCCAGCACAAGUAGCAGCCAUCUGCAUAUUGUUUGUAGCUCAUGCCAGGUGAGUCACAAGCAGUGACUGAACUUGGCCUGCACCUCCAGGGAGGCCCCAGAGCCAAUGCACCCAGUAGACAGCUUCAGACCAUGUCAAAGCACCACCACCCAACCACCUCCAUAAACAAUACACUCAGGUGGCAGACUGAGUAGGCACCAGAGCCCCAUUGAAGUAAGUCCUGUUCUGUGGGGUGGACCCUUGCACAGCUGAUCCAAUCCAAUGGUUGGAAGUUGGUGGUAAGUGGUUGUAGCCAGUCCUUGCAGCUGAUGAGCCUCACGGUAAAUUCCUCCCACUGACAUGCCAACAACAAUCAAGGCUCAACUAUAAGAGAAGGGGUACACAGCCCACACGGGGGGCACACUCAAGUGCCCAGCUGGGGUGAUAAGGGAGGCUAUGCCACUGGACCCUAUAGAACAACUACUACUAUAGGCCACUCUACCAAGCCCAGGAGACAUAGCAGCUCUACCUAAUCCAUAGAAACAAACACAGGAUGGAUGCC